UUUAAAAUCAUUGCUGCUCUGGUUUGUGUCUGUGUUUUUAGUGUAUGUAUGACUCAUCUAAUGUUGUCCCAUGUUCCCAUAUAUGGCAUUGUGAGCUUCGUGAAAAAACAGGCAGGUCCCAGUUCCAUUCCUCUGCACAAUGAGAGAGACCUGGAUGCAUUCAUCAACAAUUUUGAAGCCAGUAUGGUUGGUUUUUUCUCAGGUGCUGACAGCUCUCAGAUGGCUGAGUUUCUGAAGGCGUCUAGUGCAAUGAGAGACAGCCACUGCUUUGCCCACACUGCAGACCUGAGCCUGGGCCUCAAACACGGCGUGGAAUCAGAAACGGUGGUGCUCUUCCGGCCCCCACGACUCAACAGCAAGUUUGAGGACAGCGUGAAUGGCAUGGGGCAAAUUCACUUAGUUCCUAUAAACCUGAUGGCCAGCUGGUGAAGGCCACAGCACGGGGAAAGAAACUGCUCUUACCUGAUAUCCACCGCUCUCUUUUUCUCUCUCCAUCACUUUCACUACCCCUUCUCUCUCCCUAGGGUGAUGAAAGUGACCACUCAGUUCCAGUCUCAGGGGCUGAGUUACGCUGUGGCCAACAGAGCAGAGUUCCAGGAUGAGCUGGAGGAGGAGUUUGGCCCGGGGCUGUCCGACGGGGGAGAGCUACCUCUCAUCAACAUCAGGAACAGGGAGGGCCACAAGUACAGCAUGCAGGAGGAGUUCACAUGGGACAGGAAAUCCCUGGAGAGGUUCUUGAAGGACUACUUUGCUGGUAAACUGAAGAGACCGGUCUGCUAUUUUAAUCUCAUCUGUUGUUGUCCUUCUUCCCAGUUUCCCCGCUAUUUUCUUCGUCUCAGCAGGACAGAAGGACCAACCUCGGAAAUACGAGGGUGGCCGUGAGGUGAAUGAUUUCCUCAAAUAUCUGAAGGAGGAGGCCACACAUCCCCUUGUCCUGGGCACUGCCAGAGAAGACUUGUGAGAGCGCAAUGAAGAGAGAGAAGAAAAAACAAGGGAUGAGUGGGUGGACUGGCAAAGAAGCAGAAGACAUGAACUAUAAAGGGGGAAAAGGAGCCAUCCAUUGCAAUACACAAGUUUCCGACCAGAAGAUCUCCUUUGGGUUUCUGUGCCUUACCAGCAACACUGAAUACUCAUAACAUAGAGGACUUCUAAAUUAAAAAAUCUGCAGUUUUUUCAUGGGGCUUCAAAAGAGUAAUGUUCUCAAUGUGAGAGGAUGGAGCAUCUGCAAGUACAGUAAUAGGCAACACGUGCAGAUUGGUUUUGCAGUUAAACUGGUGACUUGGUGGUUGCUAUUAAUAUUCCCAAGAAAGGCAUACUAGUGUAGCGUCCUUGACUCUGAGUAAGGUACCUCAGUCAGACUAUAGAUAAA